GUGUUAUCGAUUAGCUGCCACCUACCCAGUUCAAGUUAAGUGAUUCUUGAAACGACAAUAACUAUGCUGUUAUGAGUAUGGUAUGGAGUGCAGUACGAAGCUGUAAUGGACUCUAUAACUUCUUACCGAUUUCUCGAUUCCCCUGAAGAUCCGAAUGGAUUGAUGUUAGAAGAGAAGAAGUCGCAUACUAACCACAAAACAGACGACAUCAGGCGAUCCUACUGUGACGACAAAACCCCGCCGAGAUUGUCCUUGAACGAUGACAAAAGAAUCUCUUCUGACUCCACAGCUUACCUGUUAGAGGUGCCCACUCCCGUUUCUCCGACUGUAUCCCCCGCUACUGCAUGUGCACCCCUGGCAGAGCUUUGCAAGAUUAACGUCUCAGGGAGAGAGUACGUCACAACAUACGAUUGUCUCGACAAGUACCCAGAUACUCUGCUUGGGAACCCCGUUGAACGAGACAAGUACUACAGACCCGACAUCAACUCUUACUACUUCAACCGUUCCCGUCAAUGCUUUGAGACGAUCCUAGCGUUUUAUCAAACAGGCAGAAGCCACCAAGUCCCUGAGUACGUAUGUUUGGACUUGUUCGAGGAUGAGAAGCGUUUCUUCAGAAUCCCAGAACCGUACUAUGAUGAGGACGGGUCAGAACUGGGCGGAGAGGAUGAACACACAGGGGGCUUCCUCAGUCACUGCUCCCCCAAGAUCAGGUCAAAAGGGCGGGACAUCUACCAGACUAUCAUGGACCCGACCUUCUCCCGGGCAGCUUCCAUUUGGCAUACACUCGAUAUCAUCUUCAUUUGUAUCUCCAUAACCUUCAUGAUUUGUGAAACGGACCCGGUGGUUGGGCAUUAUUUUGUCUUCCCGGUCCCGGAUGAUGGGCAUGAGGAGGAGAUUCUGAUGGUUGGGUCAUUGUUCCCUGUAAACAACAUCUUAUUCGGGAUUGAAUCAUUACUCAUCAUGUUUUUUAGCAUAGACAUAGUCGCCAGGUUUAUAACCUGGCCAGGGUUUCUCACAUUCUGGAAGAACAUUUUCAACAUUCUAGACAUUUUAUCAAUUAUUCCAUUCUACAUCAGUCUGGUGGCUCACAACAUGCAUCCAGAAGGUGAAGGCGAACACCAUGACGACGAAGUGGUCAAACAAAAAUACUUCAUCCUCAAAAUGUGCCGAAUUUUUCGAAUAGUUCGGGUUUUCAAGUUCGUAAAGCAUUCCAAAGACUUAAUAGUAAUCGUGAAGGUUCUGCUAUCUUCCAGAAAAGAACUAGGUUUACUGGUAAUCCUUCUGGGUAUAUCCACAGUCACAUUCGGGAGCAUCAUGUUCUAUGUAGAGCACGAGAGUAACCCAGACAUGUUUAACUCUAUCAUGACUGGAUGCUGGUGGGCUCUGGUGACCAUCACGACUCUGGGGUACGGGGACAUUCAUCCUAUAACUAUAGGGGGCAAGAUUAUCGGGGCUGUACUGCUGACUUUUGGGAUGGUGUUCCUGACCCUGCCCAUGACAAUUAUUGUUAGCAAGUUUGGGAGUGUAUACGAGAAGGAGAAUAGGAAGUUGUACGAUGAAGUACCAGACGUUUCUACUAAAGAGGAUUCCACAUCAAACAUUAAUACUCCUAAGUUAAGGAAUUCUUGAGACGCUUGAACUGGGAAGAUUGUUGAUGUUUUAUGAAGAUUAUUUACAAAUGCUGAGUUAUUAAUUUAAAUUUGUUCUUGGCCUGACUUGCAUGAUGACAGAUUUAUUGAGGUUGAAUAUUUUGGAAUUUGGAUGAUAAGCAGUUUUAAA